AGGAUUUGGACGACUGCUUGACCGUUCACGGCAUUGCGUAAAGUUUACUGAACAAACGUCCUUGUGUAACUGAACCUAACCACGGCAAGGAAUGGGUUAAAUUAUAUUCAUGGAAGUUUGACUUUACAAAAGUCACUAGGCUGAAUUGGACAAAUUUGCAGAGAGAAGGUCCGUCCCUCCUCUCGGUACCAGCUGUUAAGUGGCAUGCUGUUUAUAGGAGGCGGAUCUCGUCUUCGCUUUUCAUCCUCUGAUUUUUGUGCAACUCAUUUUUGUAAAUAAAUCUUUUAAACGAGAGGAUCUUUCCAGUUUUAUUGUCAUGGCAAAGUGGUCAAUUUUAUCAUUAUAUUUUUUCCAAGUACUUCUUCGCUUCAACUUUGGACAGCAGCGCCCAGCUGGACCCUGGCGGCACCGCAUCCAGUGGGAGAAUAACGGGCAGGUUUACAGCUUACUGAGCACAGGGUCAGAGUACCAGGCUCCGGUUCGGUCUGGCAGCCAGUCGGGAGUUUAUCUGAGCAGCAGGAGGCAAGGCGCUGCUAGUAAUGUGCCGGACGCACGCAGAGGAGCCGCUCCUGGAGCACAGGUUGUGCGCUUUACAGAAGCACAGGGCUUCAAUGCAUCUUCAUCAGGCAGUUUAAGAGACUCAUUAGGCAGAAGAGAAGCUGCGCAUGGUGGUGCUUUCCAUACCACAGGAGGGGAGCCAGGUAUUGAUGCACAACACCAACAAUUACCCGCAGUGCCGGGGGGGAUACUUGUCUCCAGGGAACCCGCGCAUCCGUCAGUUCUGGAAACCGAACUUGAGGCACCGGCUCCUUUCCCAGUGUCAAAUGUGUAUAUAACAAACGAGGCUGAAGGAGAGGGUAUGGUCAACGACGACCCCCGAAACUUGUUUAAAACCCACAGGAAUUCUGUUUUCUACAACUUGUAUCCCAACAGAGGCAGGUCAGUGGCCCGGACGCGCAAUCCGCCCGGAACAGGCUACGGAACAAGGUAUUUCCAAAAUGGACUGCCAGACCUCAUUCCAGAGCCCUAUGCCAUUCAAGCAGGGACUUAUGUCCAGCGCAUGCAGAUGUACGCACUGCGCUGUGCUGCAGAGGAAAACUGUCUGGCUAGGUCGGCUUAUGCACCCAGCGUUCGAGACAUCGACUUCAGGGUGCUUCUGCGAUUCCCUCAGAAAGUGAAGAACCAAGGGACCGCUGAUUUCCUCCCUCUCAAGCCCAGAUAUCAGUGGGACUGGCACAGCUGUCACCAGCACUACCACAGCAUGGACGCCUUCAGUAACUACGACCUGCUGGACAUUGUUACUGGACGUAAAGUGGCCGAGGGGCACAAGGCCAGUUUCUGCCUGGAGGACACCGGCUGUGACCCCGGAUUCAGACGGCGCUACGCAUGCACAUCUCACACACAGGGACUGAGCCCAGGAUGCCACGACACUUACGCCGCCAACAUCGACUGUCAGUGGAUUGACAUCACUGACGUUCCUCCAGGAAACUACAUCCUACAGGUUACAGUUAAUCCUAAUUUCCACGUCUUGGAAUCAGACUUCACCAACAAUAUUGUGAGAUGUGACAUCGUAUACACAGGCGUUUAUGUUCAGACACGCAGCUGUCAAAUAACAAGGGCUUAUAUAUCCUGAACUUCUACAUUAACUGCUGGAUUUCCGCAGCAGAGCAUCUCCUUCUGUACUGGAUUCUGAUACGGAAGCAAAGAAACUGCACUGGUGAAGUUUGCAUAACAGAUUAAAAUGAAAAAAGUUGCAUUUACUGGUAAUUGGUGUACAAUUGUGUGAAUGAAACUAGUGAUUCCAUAAUUGCUUGAUUAGGCAUUUCAAACAAUCUGUCAUGAUUCAUUACAAACAAAUAUAGCAAAUUCAAGUACUGUUUCAGAAGUACUGCUUAGUUGCUUUAAAUAUUUGUUUUGUUGCUUUCUCAGCUCUGUCCUGUUCUUGUUUUUGCUCUGCUCUAUGUUAUGUGCACAGUGUUAGUUGUAUAUUUUAACUGAUGUCAAUAAAACUCCUGGAAAGUUCUAAAACCAGCA